CUCUGCUCUGCUCACGCUUCACAGCCGCACACACACAUGGGGAACUUGGUGUCCCUAAGAUUGCCGCCUGCAACGGGUCCGCACCCGGUGGGCUGUACAGAUGUCAUGGUGGGAGCUGGUAGAGAGGGCAGCUUCUUCCGGCUCUUCUACCCCUGCAGUCCAUCUCCUCUUCACAAGCAGCCGGGCUGGUUUCCCCGUCCCGAAUACCUCGCUGGUUUGAUCGCUGUACGCGGCUGGAACAGCAAACUUGUCCACUAUGGAGCGUCAGUAAUUACUGGGAACCCUCCUAUACCUGUCAUAUGGAAUGGAGACUUAAUCCCUAGCAAGGACAGGAAACCUCUUGUUAUCUUUUCUCAUGGGCUUGGAAGUUUUAGAACAACAUAUUCUUCAUUGUGCGCAGAACUGGCAUCUCAUGGCUUUCUAGUGGCUGCAGUUGAACACAGGGAUGGUUCAGCCUGUGCUACGUACCAUUUUUCUGUAUCUUCAGAAGAUGCAAGUUCAACCUUACAGGAGUCUUGGGUCCCAUUUAAAAAACUGCAGCCUGAAAUGAAAGAAUUUUAUCUACGAAACUAUCAGGUUCAUCAAAGAGCAAGUGAAUGUGUUCAAACUGUGAGGAUUCUACAGGACAUAGACAAAGGGAAGGCAGUAAACAAUAUCCUGGAGCCAGGUUUUAAUCUGGAAUUUCUAAAGGGUAGGAUAGACUUUGACAGAGUGGCUAUUAUGGGUCAUUCCUUUGGAGGAGCAACGGCAUUACUGAGCCUAGUGAAGGAUGAUAUCUUCAGGUGUGCAGUGGUAUUAGAUGCCUGGAUGUUUCCCCUUGAAGACACUUGUUACCAACACAUUCAGAAGCCAGUUUUAUCUAUCAACACUGAAACGUUUCAGACAAACCAAAGUAUCAAGAAAAUGAUGACACUGAAUUCAGAAGGAGCCGAGCUGACGUAUUUGACAGUGCAGGGCUGUGUCCAUAGUAGCCAGACUGAUAUAGCUUUCUUGAGUGGCUAUCUGGCAAACAAAAUUUUAGGCUCACAAGGGACAAUGGAUCCGAAAACGUGCCUGAAGAUUUCUGUUGUUUCAUCUCUGCACUUUCUUAACAAGCACCUAGAUCUGCCUAUGAACUGGCCUAAAUUGGAAAAUCUAAGCAAAGAGAUCCAAGCUGAUGUCAUUUCAGAUUUCCCAGUGGUAAACACCAGCAAGCUGUGAAUCAAUGCCAUUCUCGGGGCCUUGUGUUUGAAGAAAACAAUAGCAGAAUGGCGCUAGUGUUGUUGCACUAAGAGUCUCUUGUAUUCAAAUAAAUAAAUACUGCACUGUUGAUAAAGAUAUGGCAGAGAUUUUGUGUUCGUACAAUGUCCUACGAUCUGUGCCACAUGAAAGGUUGCUGCGUGCACUUGCUGCACUCAUUGCUCUGACAGCUACAUCCUAAGCAGAGGAAACGCUGCCUGUAAUGAGUGAGUGCCAAACAUAGAACAUCAUCAAUUGUGCAACAGUGUUAUAUAAGCGCUGGGGAAGGGGGGGGAGGUGACAUGUAA